GUCAAAGGAGCCGAUUGUUGCUAACUCUGCCUCACUCCCUACCUCAGUCGCUCAUGCUACUCCGUCCGGGCAGGGGAUUCACUAUUCAGAUCUAAGAUGAUCCCAGUGCUCGCCAAGCUGAAUGCCCUGUACAAGUGGUACGUGCUGGGGAUCCUGACCCUGGGCUACCUCACAGCGGAGUUGGGUCAUUUCCUGAUCGGCGUGACGAGCAAAGCGACUGCCAUAGACGUGGGCUAUGGAGACAUCACUUGCCAGCUAAACCUGACCGAACCCCACUUCAACCUGACCCUCAACGAUAUGUGUAGCGCUGCACCGGACGAACAAAGCUGUACCCUAUUGGCUCUGGAUGAUGGUCAAAGAUUUUGUGAGUGGAACAGAAAUGGUCUGGGAAUUGACUACCAGAUUCUGGCAGGUCCAAGCUUCAUCGCAGUCUACACUGUAGUUGGAGUCUUCCUGGGCAUUGCUGCGGACAAAUAUCGCAGAAUACCUAUGGUGGGAACAUGUGUACUACUUUGUGGUAUAUCCAUUGUCUUAAUGGGAGCCACAAAACAGUUCUGGCAUCUUAUUCUACUCAGAAUGAUCUUCGCUGCAGGAGAGGCUGGUCUUAACCCUAUGUCUACAGGAGUGUUAUCAGACAUUUUUUCAGAGGAGCUUAGAGGUUUGGUGAUGUCCAUCUUCAACUGGGGAAUCUACGGAGGAAUCGGUUUAUCUUUCCCUGUGGGGCGUUAUAUUACGGAGCUCAAUGCUUGGAUGUUGGGAUGGCGAGUGGCAUACUAUGGGAGUGGGGUCAUCGCUCUUCUGAUUGCGGUUCUAACAUUCCUGACCCUUAAAGAGCCUCAGAGAACUGUCAUUGGAGAGGAAACCGAGGAAGGAAGUGAUACAAACGUCACAUCCAAGAACAAAGAAAGCGCGUGGAAAGUGAUGUUGCAGCCGAGGUUUAUUAUGCUAUGUAUUGCUGCAUCUAUUAGACAUACUGGUGGUCUUUGCUUCGCCUACAACUGUGACUUGUUCUACAGAGAUCAGUUUCCUCACAUAGAUCUCGGUGGGUGGCUGUUCUUCGUCACAUUCAUCAUCGGUGGUCUUGGAGUCGUGUUUGGUGGAAUUGUCUCUGAUAAGAUCGUUGCCAAGAUGGGGAUCAAGUCGAGAGUUGCCGUUCUUGCUAUUAGUCAGCUGAUUUCAACACCUUUUGCGUUUGGCAGCAUCUACAUGGGGCCUGUUGGUGCAAUGGUUACACUUGCAAUUUCAUAUCUCUUUGCUGAGAUGUGGUUUGGAAUACUAUUUGCUAUCCUAGUAGAGAUAGUGCCAUUGUCUGUGAGAUCGACCACUGUUGGAGUCUUCUUGUUUGUUAUGAAUAAUAUCGGAGGUAACCUUCCCAUUCUGCUUGAACCUGUCAGGAAAGCUACAAGCUUCAAAGAUGCUCUAGCUAUAUUUUACGCUGGAGCCUAUCUCGUCAGUUCCAUAUUGUUUGCCAUCACUAUGAUGAUGAUGGGGAAGUCAAAGAAGGAACCUGCCAAGACAAACGGCCAUAGUCUGGAAGGAAUAGAAAACGGAGGCUUUACUACCUUGGAGAGGAUAGCGAACUCUAGCCGAUCUCCCGCUAUUGAGAGUCACCAUUUAUAAGUUAUAUAUCAGCGUAAAGUGUUAGCAAAACGAAUAACGAUUAAGGUGACCGAAUCUAUUAAAAACGUUCUGUAAAAACUCAGGAAGAGUUAGGGAAUCGUUUGACAAAGAUGGGAAACUAAGCUUUAGAAGUAUACGUUUAGAGUUCCUCUUAUUUCAAAAUCUUAAUUUUUGUUUUAACUUCAAUAGUGUUGGGGCUCAUGGUUGUAAAUAAAACCAAUUCAAACUAUUACAAUACCUACUAAUUGUUUUUUAUUAUAUUCCAAUAUUUUUAAAUUAGUGACUCUUUGUUUAUAGAUUUCUUGUAAGUAUAUUUAUCAAAUGAUUGAGUUUAUAUCUUUUGUAAAAAAUUACUAUACCAGAAUGGUUCGGAAGUAACAAUAAUGUUUUAGACACAACAUUGAAUACGAUUACCAUUACCAUGGUGUUAGAGCAUUACUUUACUAAGUAAGCAGUAGCCUGGAGGAGCCUGCAGAGUGUUAAACAAGCACUGUGAAAACUGAAUACAGUUAUGUAUAAACUAGUUUUAAUAUUUUCAGCAGUGAUUUUCAAGACAUUGUAAUAUUGUUUUGUUUAGUGGUCAACAAUUUUAGUAUGAGGUUGGAUUAUCUCAGUUUAAAAUUGUCUAGCUCAGUGUUUAUUUAAUAGCAUAGUGAAAAUAGUGUUUGUAUCUUGGACAUGCUAAAAUAUUUUCAAGCUAUCGUCUACGUCUCAAAACUUCUUUUGGUCAAUAGUGUGAAAUAUAUUAAUUGAAUUUAAGUAAAUUGCACAUAAAAAAAAUAAUUUUAAGUGGUAUCAAACUUAGUGAUGACUAUGUUAAAUAUACAUAAGGGUCCUUAAGAUCCCCAUUGAAAACUAAUAUUUAUUCCACAAAAAUUUCCAUGACAAAUUUUGCACCCUUAGAGUAAAUUAGAUAAGUAUAUUGUGAUAAUAAAAGUUUAGCAUUGUAAAUAUUGGUAGUUAUGUAGAAUAAUCUUAGUUUUACAUAUUACUAUAGUAUUAAAAAAUGAAUAUAAACUUGGUGUAUAAUGAGAAAUAAAUACCCCCCCUUGCCACAGCAAACCUGCAGACUAAGUGAAUUUCCAUUUACCUGUCUGGAUUUCCACAAACAUAUUCCCUUAUAAUUAAUUGUCAGUUUUUUUUCUAUUUAAAUAGCAUUAAUUUUAAUGAGAACUUGGAUAUGCUGCAACAGGGAAGGUAAAAGGUAUAUUUUUUAUGUUGAUAGCUUAGUGUGAAAUAAACAAUUUGCAAGAUUUUUUUCAAAUAUAUCCAUAAACAAGCAAACUAUAACAGUUAUUUAUUCUCCAUAAAAAUAACAUGUACAAUUUUUAAUUUACUUUUUUUUAGAAUUGUCUACGUAACCGUUAGGCAUAAUGCUUCAACAUACUAAAUUAUUUGUUAUUUUAAACUCUACAAAAUAGUUUGGAAAGAAAUCACAAAAUUUUAUGUUUUGGGGGUCAAAAUGGGGAAAACCCUAUACCGGGUUCCCAAAGUUUCCAAGACCUCAUUCGCCUAUUGGGUCUGAUGAUGAUUGGAGUGUCCAAUCGAAAUCGAUCACCACUUGCCCUCUUUUAAAAUUACCUCUUUUAAAAUAUUUACCAUCUUGUGAGUAAAUAGUAUAAGUGUAAAUAUAUGUUAUUAGACAUAUUUUUCUUUACUUUUUGUAAAUUUAACACAUACUAAUGCUAAUGCUGAUCAAGAAAUCAUUUAUUUAACCCAUGAAAAAAUAUAUUUAUCUUUUUGCUGUGAUCAUUUGUCCACAGUAAAGUAAAUAUUUAAAUAUCUUCUGAUUUUAAUGUUCAUUCUUAAAUGAAAUUUUAAAGAAAUGUAAUUUUCAUAAAGAAAAACCUACUAUUAAACACAAAUGGAAUGCAAGCAAACCUGAACCCAAAAUUAUAUUUUUAACAAGGGCGAUAUUUUAUUGAAAGUAAAUGUUAAUUAAGACAGCAUAUUUUUGUACUACAAGUUAGGAGAGUUAGUUUAACCAAGUAGGUAUUUGUUGUAUUUUAAAACAAAUGGACCAUUUAAAAUAGCCAUAUUUACAUUAUAUCAGUUUUCAUGUCUAGAUUAUUAUAACUAUUUAAUUUAUAACUCAAAUUUAUAAAAGCCUCUUCACUCUUGUUCCGAAACCUUUACUCGUAUUCCCAUAGAGUGUAGGUUUUUACCUAAUUUAAUAUUAAACAGUUAUUGUUA